AUGAAGCAUUCGUUCUCUUCACUGGCCGCUGUGGCCUUGACACUAUCUACAUCAAUUCUUGCGUCUCCGACGCCUCAACUGGUGGUGCCGGGAAUCAUUGAUGAUGUAACCUGCCUGGCUGUCAAUGUCAUCACCGAACUUCUCGUUGGAGACCCCCUGGCGAUUGCCUAUUGCGCUGCUGUGGUUCCUCUUCCUUCAGUCAUCAGGUCUAGAACCACCACUAUCGUGAGACCAACCACUGUCACAGUGACGACGACCAACUCCAACGGCGUUCGUCCGACCAUCACAAGCGGCACUACCGUAACUGUCACCAGCAGCUCUUGCAAUGCCAUCCCCACGCUGUUCAAGCGACAGUUACUUCCACCAAUUUACAUCCCGCCCAUCCCUGCCUGCGUCACCCAAUUCCCGACUCUUGAUGUCACCAAGGCGUGUAGCUGUAUCGACCUCCCAACUCCUACAGUCACAUCUACCAGGACCGUCUUCGUUUCGCCCACAAUCACCAUAACCAGGACUGUUGGCCCCGUUGGAAACGGUUCCCCCACUGUAACGACAUCUACAGCCACGCAAACCAUUACGACAAGAGCCUGUCCCGCGCCCUCUACUUGUGGAAACCAGGGCAUCGAAUUCGCAUACUAUAACAGAACCGUCGAUGGUGAUUUUGCCGACUGGCGCCCUGAAGAAUACAAAAUAAUCCAACCGGAGUACCAAGGCGUGACCAACGUCAUCGGUGGCAUCAGCUUCCAAGACAGCGCCCCAAAGAGCGUCUACGGCUCACCUCCCCUCUCAGAGUCUGACUUUGUCCUCAACCAUCGCGGGUACAUCUACGCGCGCCAGACGGGCACCUACACAUUCACUCUCAACCUAGUUGACGAUGCCGCCUACAUCUGGAUCGGCCCCGAGGCAUACUCUGGCUGGACUGGCGCAAACGCGGAUCUAAAGGCCGUCUACAACAACGGACCUGCAACGGGAACUUUUACUGCCGACCUCCAAGAAGGCCAGUACUAUCCCUUCCGUAUCGUCUACGGUCAGGGACCUCGCAUUGCCGAGUUCGAUAUUGAAGUCAGCGCACCGGAUGGAACCACUUUCCUGUCGUCAGAUACGACCGGGUCACCGUAUCUCGUCCGCUUCUCUUGCGACAGAGCUACCGCGCCUCGAUUCUGCUCCUUUGGAUUUGAGUUUUAG